AUGACGGAUCCUCAAAGAGUUGUCGUGAGAAGAAGAUCAAAUCCUACCGUGGGUGACUUUCACGCGCAGCUACAGCUCCGUAGCAGCCAUCGGAAAAGGAGAUUUGAAGUCCGGUUCGGUACAGCCGUCCGUUCCAUCCACAAGUUACUGAAGCCGUUGCCACCAAAAGGGAGACGUGUUCUACCGUUUGAGUACACUCUUAACUGGCCAAAGCCGGGGUCAGACCACGAAACCGAACCAACGCUCCGCCGAUUCACAGGCAUCAGUUGA